CUCUGAGAUUAUUUAUUUCUCCAAUCGAGUUCUUCUGGCAAGUCUUGACGAAGUGAAUUGAUGAUGCUCAUCAAUGCUUUUGCCAUAGCUCGGAUGACGACGAAAGAUUAUUUCGCUCUGCAAAAUGAUGACCUCACUUUAGGAUCAUUGCCUUGGUUACUUUAUGCAGGAAUCUCAUGCUUUCUCGUCCUCUUCGCUGGUAUCAUGUCUGGUCUCACUCUUGGUUUGAUGUCCCUCGGUCUCGUCGAUCUUGAAAUCCUUCAAAGGAGCGGAACACCUGCGGAGAAGAAGCAAGCUGCUGCUAUCCUUCCAGUUGUUCAAAAGCAACACCAGCUCCUUGUGACUUUGCUUCUAUGCAAUGCUUGUGCCAUGGAGGCCCUUCCUAUAUGUUUGGAUAAGCUAUUCAAUCCAUUUCUUGCUAUUGUGUUGUCUGUGACUUUUGUUCUAGCUUUUGGGGAGGUUAUUCCCCAAGCAAUAUGCACAAGAUAUGGACUCGCUGUAGGUGCAAAUUUUGCAUGGCUUGUGCAUAUUUUGAUGGUAGUGUGCUAUCCAAUUGCUUAUCCUAUUGGGAAGGUUUUGGAUUGGGUACUGGGACAUAAUGAAGCACUGUUUAGGAGGGCUCAAUUAAAAGCUCUUGUUUCUAUUCACGGCCAAGAGGCUGGCAAGGGUGGUGAGCUGACUCAUGAUGAGACAACUAUUAUUAGUGGUGCUCUAGAUUUAACGGAAAAGACUGCUGAGGAGGCUAUGACACCAAUUGAAUCAACAUUUUCUUUGGAUGUCAAUUCUAAAUUAGACUGGGAAGCAAUUGGAAAAGUUCUUGCCCGAGGCCAUAGUAGAGUUCCUGUCUAUUCUGGAAAUCCCAAAAACAUUAUUGGACUCCUACUGGUUAAAAGUCUCCUGACAGUACGGGCUGAAACUGAGACUCCAGUCAGUGCUGUUUCCAUUCGGAGGAUUCCACGGGUUCCUGCAGAUAUGCCUCUUUAUGAUAUAUUGAAUGAGUUUCAGAAAGGAAGCAGCCACAUGGCAGCUGUUGUAAAGGGUAGAGGGAGAAAUAAAAAUCCUCCACCUAUAAGUGAUGGAGAACAACUUGAAGAAAACAAAUUCAUUGGCGGGGAGUCUAAAUUAACUGUUCCUUUACUAAAUAAGCAGAUUGAAAAAUCAGAAAGCAUAGUUGUUGACAUUGAAAAGGCUUCUCCAAGGCCAAUCAAUAUAAACAGGCAGCAAAAUGAUGCAGCGACCAAUGGAUUGCUCCGCCAGUCGGAGGAUAUCGAAGAUGGAGAAGUGAUUGGAAUCAUCACCCUAGAGGAUGUAUUUGAAGAACUUUUGCAAGAAGAGAUUGUAGAUGAGACAGAUGAAUAUGUUGAUGUACAUAAAAGGAUACGUGUGGCUGCAGCUGCUGCUGCUUCAUCAGUGGCACGGGCGCCAUCAAAUCGGAGAUUACUUGGUCACAAGGGAGCAGUAACCCAAACUGAAGCAAGUUCCCAACCUAAAUAUAGCAAAAGGGCUGAAAAGUGACCUGCCAAAAUAUCA